UCAAGUGAGUGAAGAGACAGCGCAGCAGGCUGGCUAGCUGGUGGCAAGCAAGCUAGAAAGAAAAUACAUUAUUUGAUACUAUAGUUAAAAAUAUUAUUCAUGAUCGUUCUGAAGGAAAGAAAGGAAGAGAAUUGGUGAAAAGAUAAUGUUUAAUCGUGAAUCCUUCUAUCAUCAAUUGUAGCCGUCAAGACAGAAAAAUAAACCUAAAAAUGGCAGACAAUUUUCAGAACAACAAAACCAUGGCUCCCGUCAUGAUGGAUUAUGAUUUUAAAAUUAAAACUCAAAACGAACGUUCGAAAGUGGAAGACUUAUUUGAUUUCGAGGGUUGUAAGGUCGGUCGUGGCACCUACGGGCAUGUAUACAAGGCUAGAAGAAAGGAUGGGUCCGAUACUAAAGACUACGCUUUGAAACAAAUAGAAGGCACUGGCCUGUCUAUGUCUGCUUGCAGAGAGAUAGCUCUCCUAAGAGAACUCAAACAUCCUAAUGUCAUAAAUCUGAUUAGAGUAUUCCUUUCUCACACGGACCGUAAAGUUUGGCUAUUGUUUGACUAUGCUGAACAUGACCUAUGGCACAUCAUCAAGUUUCACCGAGCAGCGAAAGCCAGCAAGAAAUCAGUAAUGGUUCCAAAAGGCAUGGUGAAGAGCCUUCUCUACCAGAUUCUUGAUGGUAUACAUUAUCUUCAUUCUAAUUGGGUUCUACAUAGAGAUUUGAAACCAGCUAACAUCCUAGUAAUGGGUGAGGGCCCAGAAAGGGGACGGGUGAAGAUAGCAGACAUGGGGUUUGCGAGAUUAUUCAAUGCACCAUUGAAGCCUCUUGCAGAUUUAGAUCCAGUUGUUGUCACAUUUUGGUACAGAGCCCCCGAGUUGUUACUAGGAGCUAGACAUUACACAAAAGCUAUUGACAUAUGGGCCAUAGGCUGCAUAUUUGCGGAGCUGUUGACAUCAGAGCCCAUAUUCCAUUGCCGGCAAGAGGACAUAAAGACCAGUAACCCAUACCACCACGACCAGCUUGACAGGAUCUUCAAUGUCAUGGGUUUCCCACAAGAGAAAGACUGGGAAGAUAUUAGAAAGAUGCCUGAACAUCAUACUUUGGUGAAGGAUUUUAAAAGAUCCAACUACCAGAACUGUUCGCUGAGCAAGUACAUGGACCGGCAUAAGAUAAAGCCAGAGAGCAAGGCAUUCAGUCUGCUGCAGCGGCUGCUGUUGAUGGACCCCAACAGACGCAUCACGUCAGAACAGGCCAUGCAGGAUCCCUACUUCAGUGAAGAUCCGCUGCCUACACAGGAUGUGUUUGCGGGAUGCCCCAUACCGUAUCCGAAACGGGAGUUUCUCACAGACGACGACCAGGACGACAAGAGCGACUCCAAGGCCAGGCAGAAUCAGCAGCAACAACAACAACAGACCAAUACGCAGCAGAAUCAAGUACAAGCUAAUAGCCACGAUCACGCAGCGAACAAUGCUAAAAGAAUGAGAAUGCAAGGACCAAACCAAGGCAACAACACGACUGGCGGCGGCCCGCAGGAGUUCCACCAACAACAACAAAUGAUGUUUGGGGGACAACAACAGGGCAGCUCACAACAACAGGGAAAUUUCCAACAGAGAUUCUAACAGACUGUAUUAGGUUUAAAUAUAAUUGAAUAUAAGUUAUUAAUCUCAAAA